AUGAGCAUCUCACAGUUUCCUCCUCCUGCUUCUCCAUCUCCGGCGUCUUCUUCGCGAUCGCUGGCUUCUCCAUCUCCAUCUCCGGCGAGUUUAUCAUCAUCGACGAGGCUAUGGAGACCAGCUGCUCAGCGGAAUCUUAGGAACCAGUGGUCAAAACUGUCAACUUGUCGGCAACAAUGGAUCGCCGCUUGUUCUGGCGCAAGAGUUCACGCUAUUUCGCUCGUCAAUUCAUAUCUGUCCCAAAAGUUUAUCCCAAUGAUGGAAUUUGGUGUGUUGAGUGACAUGUUUGAUAUCAAGAAGAAAGCCUUGAAGAAGCUGUUUAAGCAACAGAGUUCUUAUCGAAUCAAGCUUUUGUCGUCGUACAAGGAAAUGGUAGCUCUUGUUGUUGAGAUGGUGAAUGCAAGUAGAUCUCUGAGAUGUUAUAUGAAGCCUAGUAGCGAUUCACUUAUACAGUUUUCUGGCUCUAUGGAGGAUUCAAAUGAUGCUGGAGAUUGCGGUGGCGUCCCUGUGUUUAAUUUUUGGAAUGUCUCUGCAUUUGAGAAGAUAGCCGAAGAGCUUGUGGAGAUGUUCAAACGCGAAGUAAUGCUAAAGAGAUUACUCAUAGUGGAACUGGUCUCUUUAAGCUGUGAAAUUCCUCAACCGGUCAAACUCAGUUGGUCAGAUGAGCUUUACCAUGAGGAAUUUGAUGAUCUCUUCAAGUGCUCUUUAUAUUCCAUGGAAGCAUCUGAGCCAAUUCUCCCCAGACUGAAAGAAGAUGAUCUCGGUACAUCUUCUGUAUCUCAUACCAACCAUCCAACCCCGGAAAUUUUGCAGGCAUUUUUCAUUGUUAUACAGAUGUACUUGGUAACUUGGAGUGCAGAGGUAAUCAUUGACACUCAUAGGAUUCAUGAGAUAUUGGCGAUGGUCGGGGAAGAAAUUAGAGUAACCUUCUAA